UUCUUCAAAGUUCCUUAAAAGAUAACCAGGCCAUAAAGAGAAUAAAUAUAGUACAACCAGGAACCGUUAUAGGAAAGAAAGAACUUGAUCAAAUGUGGGACGUCAUUCACAACGCAAUAAUAAAAGCAGCCAACCUAACCUUACCAAGGAAAAAAGUAUUAAACACAGGCUAUAGUAGGAAAAAAUCCAAAACAAAAACAGAUUUAGAAAAAAGCAUACUGGACUUGGGCAAG